AUGAAACAAACGAAGGCAUCCUUCGAGGCUAACAAGCGUGUCUACGAGAGCGUGCUGCUCACUUUCAGAGGUGUUGACGGCUAUGACGUGUACAACUGCUCCGUCCCAUUCUUCUACAAGGGCAAGAUGCACAUCUACGGCCGCGUUGAAAAGCGCGAUAUUUGGGCCGCUUCACAUGUGCGCCUCUUCGAGGAGACGGGCAAGGAUGAGUUCACCGUCGUCCCCGGCUUCUAUUUCCAGUUAGAGGAUCCGUACGUUGCGAAAAUCAACAACGAGAUGAUUUUCGGCGGCACACAUGUGCGGAAGGACAAACAGGAGAUCAGCUCUUACUACGGCUACUUCUACCGCGGCACGCCAGAUGAGCUGACGUACUUUACAACAGGCCCCGACUGCAUGAAGGACAUUCGCGUUCUGCAGCUGCAGGACGGCCGUCUCGGGGUCUUUUCACGGCCACGAGUAGGAUGCAGGGCCUCUAUCGGCUUUGUGAUCCUAAACUCCAUCGACGAGCUCGGCGCCGAGGUGAUUGCCAAGGCACCGCCGCUCGACAUCCUGUCCGAGAACACGUGGGGUGGCGUCAAUCAGGCAUACCUCCUCUCCAGCGGCAAGGUUGGCUGUAUUGGACACUACAGCUAUGAGGACACGGAUGAGCAGCAGCAGCCGCAGAGGGUCUACGUGAACUACUCUUUCGUGCUCGACCCCCAGAGCCGAGCGAUUGCAGAUGCAAAGAUUAUCGGCACAAAGAGUUGCUACCCACCGUGCGAGCCCAAGGUUCCCUUUUUAGCGGACUGCGUUUUCGCCUCCGGCAUCGUAAUGCGCAGCGAUGGCAGGGCGGAUCUCUACAGUGGCGUCGGCGACAGUCGCGAGGGCCGCAUCACCAUUGACUACCCGUUUAAGGUCCAUGGCACCAUCAUUGGCGACUUGAACUUUCCCAUGGCUUCCUCUUUGUGA